UUAAAUACAACCUAUAAAAUAAAAUUCUUUGGGAUUUUAUUAUUAAGGUUUUCUGCGAUUCUUGCUCCUUAAAAACUGAAAUAAUUCAAUUUAUAUCUCACAGCCCAUAAAGUGGAUUUUUUUAAGGAGCUGGGGAAGGGUUCUACUAAGCUCCGUGCUUAUUGAGGUUGCAUUAAUGAAUUUUGAUGAAUGGAUGUAAUUGUAAUUAACGUGUGUGUUAAUCAGAUGAGCAGCAGCAGCAAUAAGAGGGCCCCCACCACAGCCACGCAGAGGCUGAAGCAGGAUUACCUGAGGAUCAAAAAGGAUCCAGUGCCUUACAUCUGUGCUGAGCCCCUGCCCUCCAACAUCCUGGAAUGGCACUACGUGGUGCGAGGGCCUGAGCUGACCCCGUAUGAAGGUGGAUAUUACCACGGAAAAUUAAUAUUCCCUCGAGAAUUCCCUUUCAAACCCCCCAGUAUUUAUAUGAUCACCCCCAAUGGAAGGUUCAAGUGCAACACAAGGCUCUGUCUGUCCAUCACGGAUUUCCACCCGGACACCUGGAACCCGGCCUGGUCCGUGUCCACCAUCCUGACGGGGCUGCUCAGCUUCAUGGUGGAGAAGGGGCCCACCCUGGGCAGCAUCGAGACCUCCGAGUUCACCAAAAGGCAGCUGGCUGCGCAGAGCUUAGCAUUUAAUUUAAAAGAUAAAGUCUUCUGUGAGCUCUUCCCUGAAGUGGUGGAGGAGAUGAAGCAGAAGCAGAAGGCCCAGGACGAGCUGAGCUCCCGGCCGCCGUCGCUGCCGCUGCCCGACGUGGUGCCGGACGGGGACGCGCACCUGGGGCACAACGGGCACCCCCUGCUGCAGGGGCAGCGCGCGGCCCUGGCGCCCGGGCACGCCGGGGGGCUGCAGCAGCCCCCCAGGAACCACGGACUCUUGGGGGGAGCCCUGGCGAACUUGUUUGUCAUCGUGGGCUUCGCCGCCUUCGCCUACACAGUCAAGUACGUGCUGAGGAGCAUAGCCCAGGAGUGA